CUCCCGCCCAUUCCGCGGAUGGGCAAUCCUAGGCGGAGCUCCCUUGAGGGUCUCAGAAUAUCUGGGAGACCUCGGGCUCCUGAUCCCCGAGACACCCCGUUUCAUAGUGGAGAACAGCCCAGAUCGGGGAAGUUUAUUUUGCCCAAAGCCAGUUAGAGGCCCCCUGGCCCUCGAUUCCCAGUGCGGGGCUCAGGUGCGUUGCAGCCUAGACGGGGCUUACUGUGAGCCAAGCAGCCUCUGGGACCUGUCUGCUUCCCCUGCCCCUUGAAAAGAAGCCGGAGCCCAGAGCUCCCCUGAAUAGCAGCUGCAGCAGCCAUGGCCCCGCCCUGGGUGUCCGCCAUGGGCUUCACGCUGGCGCCCAGCCUGGGGUGCUUCGUGGGCUCCCGCUUUGUCCACGGCGAGGGUCUCCGCUGGUAUGCCGGCCUGCAGAAGCCCUCGUGGCACCCGCCCCACUGGGUGCUGGGCCCCAUCUGGGGCACGCUCUACUCGACCAUGGGGUAUGGCUCCUACCUCGUCUGGAAAGAGCUGGGAGGCUUCACAGAGGAGGCUGUGGUUCCCCUGGGCCUCUACACUGGGCAGCUGGCCCUGAACUGGGCGUGGCCCCCCAUCUUCUUUGGUGCCCGACAAAUGGGCUGGGCCUUGGUGGAUCUCCUGUUGGUCAGUGGGGCGGCGGCAGCCACUACCGUGGCCUGGUACCAGGUGAGCCCGCUGGCCGCCCGCCUGCUCUAUCCCUACCUGGCCUGGCUGGCCUUCGCGACCACACUCAACUACUGCGUAUGGCGGGACAACCAUGGCUGGCGUAGCGGACGGCGACCGCCAGAGUGAGUGCCCGGCCCACUAGGGACUGCAGCUGCACCAGCAGGUGCCAUCACACUCGUGAUGUGGUGGCCGUCACGCUUUCAUGACCACUGGGUCUGCUAGUCUGUCAGGGCCUCGGCCCAGGGGGUCAGCAGAGCUUCAGAGGUGGCCCCACCUGAGCCCCCACCCGGAAGCAGCGUCCUGCGCUUUCUGCAUGCUUAGAGCAUGUUCUCGGAACAUGGAAUUUUAUAAGCCUAAUAAAGUUUUUGACUUCCUUUA